CUUGGCCCUUGCAACUUGCGAGUUGCGCGAGCCGCGCUUAUUUAUUGCAUUUGAAUUUUAUACCCGUGUACACUUGCGAUUUGGAUAAAAAUGUUUUAUAAUUAGUUUUUCGAAUACAAAUUAGUGCUAUCGUAUCAAAGUGCCACGUGAACUGUGAUUCUUCUUACAUAUAGUGACUACACCGGUUCAUUUACAUAAAUCUUUCUACUUUUAUAUUGCCAACAUGUCGCGAGACAGAACGUCCCGUCGCUUCUAUCGCUCUGAGUCUACCCACGAUCUCCUCUCUUACAUGGACAAGGGCCAUGCCGCCACAGAGGAGAACAGAUGGACAUUCGAGACCGCAUGGGAGGCUGCUAAUAAAGUUGGUGGCAUAUACACUGUGAUCAGAUCUAAAGCGUUUGUUUCUACCGAGGAAAUGGGAGAGAACUACUGUCUCAUUGGACCAUACAAGGAGACCUGCGCAAGACAAGAAGUAGAGGAAGCAGACUUUCCACCUAAUUCUCCCCUCACUGUGGCCGUCAAUGCAAUGAGAAGCCAGGGCUACAAGUUGCACACCGGCACGUGGUUAGUGGAUGGCAAUCCACAGAUUAUCCUCUUCGACAUCGGGUCUGGAGCCUGGCAACUCGAUGCGUACAAACAGGACCUAUGGGACACCUGUUCCAUUGGGAUACCCCACCUCGAUAUCGAGGCGAACGACGCGGUUAUACUUGGCUUCAUGGUCGCGCAGUUUAUAACUGAGUUUCGCAAAGCUGCAGAGGGUUACAGCGAUACACCGCCUCGAGUUGUUGCACAUUUCCACGAGUGGCAGGCGGGAAUAGGACUCAUCAUGUUAAGAGUGCGUCAUGUUGAUGUGGCCACAGUAUUUACCACACACGCCACACUUCUGGGGAGAUAUUUAUGCGCUGGCAACACUGACUUCUAUAACAACCUGGAUAAGUUCUCAGUGGACGAGGAGGCUGGAAAGAGACAGAUAUACCAUAGAUACUGUAUGGAGAGAGCAGCGGCCCAUAUGACCCAUAUAUUUACCACCGUGUCGGAUAUUACAGGUUUCGAAGCGGAACAUCUAUUGAAAAGAAAGCCAGACUUCAUCACCCCCAACGGGCUCAACGUGAAGAAGUUUUCAGCACUUCACGAGUUUCAAAAUCUUCACGCUUUGGCUAAAGAGAAGAUAAAUGAAUUUGCACGGGGACAUUUUUACGGGCACUUCAAUUUCGAUCUGGACAAAACAUUGUAUUUCUUCAUUGCUGGCCGGUAUGAAUUUGGUAACAAAGGCGCCGACAUAUUCAUCGAAGCCUUAGCAAGAUUGAAUCAUUACUUAAAGGCUUCAGGGUCAGACAUGACAGUGUGCGCAUUCCUGAUAUUCCCGGCGAAGACGAACAACUUCAACGUGGAGAGUCUACGCGGGCACGCCGUGACGAAGGCGCUGAGAGACACGAUACAGGAUAUCCAGCAGAAGAUUGGCAAGAGAAUGUAUGACAUUUGUCUCGGAGGCCAUCUUCCCGACGCGUCAGACCUGCUUCACAAAGACGACACGGUGCGUCUUAAGCGGUGUAUCUACGCGCUACAGAGGGAUGGACUGCCGCCUGUUACUACGCACAACGUGGUUGACGACUUUAGUGAUCCGGUGUUGAACUCCGUGCGGAGAUGUCAACUUUUCAAUACCGUGAACGAUAAAGUUAAAGUGAUAUUCCAUCCCGAGUUCCUAACAUCUACAAACCCGCUGUUCGGCCUCGACUACGAGGAGUUCGUGCGAGGGUGUCACCUGGGCGUGUUCCCGUCCUACUACGAGCCGUGGGGAUACACUCCGGCCGAGUGUACCGUCAUGGGCAUACCGAGUAUAACGACCAACUUGUCUGGUUUCGGUUGCUUCAUGCAAGAACACAUCGCAGAUCCGAUGUCGUACGGGAUCUACGUAGUGGACAGGCGCUACAUAUCACUGGAAGGAUCAGUGCAACAGUUAGCACAGUAUAUGUUCGAUUUCACCAAGCUCACGCGUAGACAGCGCAUCAUACAAAGAAACAGAACAGAGAGGUUGUCUGAUCUUUUGGAUUGGAGGAAUCUGGGAAUUUACUAUCGCCAAGCCCGCGCUGAAGCUAUCAAGAUAGUGUAUCCGGACUAUGUCGAUCAUAUGCACGUGGAACUCGGCAAGCAGUUCAAUUACCCGCGACCCAUUAGCGAACCACCCAGCCCAACACAUUCCAGAGCAACAACACCAGCUGCUUCCGUGCAUGGCUCCGAGGAUGAAGACGAGGUUGAUGAAGAGAAGGAGUUAGCUGAGUUGAGAAUCGUCGAUAACUAGUUUGGAAAAUGUCGUGGAGUAGAAAGAAUUUCGUACAUUGAACUUAGCCCAAUUUCACCAAUGAUACUUCAAACUGAGUUCAAUAAAACUCAGUUUAACGUAAACGAAUACAAAUGCCAGUCUUGAUAUUGAUUAAACACAAAGCGAUUUCACAAAUACCUUUUGAGCCUGUUCACGUAAGCUGAAUUUACAUGUCAAAACUGUCAUCGAUAAGUAUGAACAAAAAUCAAAAUUGUUAUAAUGUCAAAGUUUCUAACGAUAACGACAGUGACAGCUCUCGAACGAUCAGCAUAAACGCGUUUAGGCUAUAACUGUGUUUAGGUUGUGUUGGUGGAAUCAGAUUUGAAUUUGCAUACUCGCUUUCUGGCGUAAGCUUAGUUCAAAGUAUUCUUAUCGCGUUCUACUUCAGUAGUAAAAUCGGGGCUUAGUUUACUAUAAAUAUAAGCUGAUGUGGUCCUGUAUGAAUGAGAUGGAAAGAUGUUUGAAAGAUACAUGAGCGACAGAGAUCGACAAACAGACGAUCGAUGAUGGGUCAUUGACCGAAAUUCUUUCUACGCUCCGAACGUAUAUAGUAGAAUAAUAAUGGUUAAUCAAGGAACAUAUUAUAUCAUUUUUUUUUGCACAAAUAUCUGCUCAUAAAUAUUUAUUUUUAAGUUAUAAAUUUACGAUUUUACGAUUUCUAGGUACAAACUGAUUAUAAUUAGUGAAAACGUUAUUUAAAACCAGUUCCAAGCCUUACUUUUAACUGUCGAAAGUUACGAGCUCAUAAUAAUUAGAAGUGAUGACUGAUUUGCAGUUACUUUUUACACUUGUUAAGUCCGAAAUAAUCUGAAUUAUUCUAUGAAUUAUUAACUGACACAAAGUAUAAAGCUCUCUUGUCCUAUUUACACUUUUUGAAAUAAUAAUUUAUCUUUUAUACAAUAUACCAUUGUUAAAAAAAUCAUGUCUUGCCACGAAGAAAUACCUCUAUAUAUUGUUAUUGAUUUCUGUUUUAGAAAUGCUACCUGUUUUUUACUUUACUUGUUUGUCUAAUAAAUAAUUCGUCAGUUGAAAAUGGUUAUAAGACACUAAAGUGCGGACGCGAAGUAAAAAGAAUUACGGUCAUUGAACUUAGCGCCAACUGUGCAGUAUACGAAUAAGAUUUCUAUUAAUAGACCAUUUAUCCUAUAACCAUAAAACUGCCCUACUAAAUAUAAGUACUUAGGAUUUUCAAUAUAUAUAAUAAACAUGAUAAAAUAGAGAAAUUAUUCAUUAAAAUGCUUAGCAUGCAACAGGCACAAUUGAGAGGUCAUUGACCGAAGUUUUGCGACCGCUCUAUAAAAUAUUGAGAUUAUAUAUUUUAUGGAUGUUUUUAAUGAAAUGAAUUUAUUUUUAGAGCUUUUAUAUUUAUGCAUGUAGAUGAAGUUUUAUAUUUUACUCGUUUUAAGAAUUAUGUAUGUUUUAUGAAUAAUUAAAGUAUUCUAUUCUUAUUAGUUGUGUUGUUUGCGCAACUAAAUUAUUAAUUAUCAUCGUGGUUAUCAGCAACUGUAGUUAUAAAACAGGAUGGAACAUUUACAGAUAUAUACCAAAAGAAAUAAUAUAUACCAAUAAAGGCAUUUAUUUUCUCAAAAUUGAUUCCUUUAGAAUUCUUUUUGAUGUCAUUUCUUAUACUACUAGAUACUACUACCGCUUCGGAAACAAAUGGCGCUCUGAGAGAGAAGAAGAACCGCAAGAAACUCUCCCAGCAUCCUUUUUUUGCGCUCUUUUCAAUAAAAAUAUACAAUAUUGUACAGUCGCUAUAAAAUAAUCACAAUCUAGUCCCAGGCUGUCCGAUCAUUUAGAUAUUCAGCGGUAAAAAUAUUAUAAGAUAGUCAGCAAUUAAAAACCUUCGGAAAUGAAUGCCUUAGAACGGGCGUAUUAAACUCAGCGAGGUUCUUUUUACAAUAAAAUUUAGAUACAAUAAAUUAUUUAAUUUAAAUUGCCUGAGAGCGAUCGCUUAAUUCCGAAUCUGUGGUAUCAUCGAGAAAGUAAUUUAUGUUAUAGUAACCUUUACCGCAUCAACGUCUUUGAACAAUUUCGUAAUAUAUUUGGUUUGAACAUACUUAAUCAUUUGUUUGCUUAGUUGUUCACACCCGUUAAACGUUACAGUUAAUAUGGCAACUAACAUUUCUCAUAAGAGCGAGCGAGCGCGCAACAUCGGCAAUACCGUUCCCACGUUAUAUAACUGCAAUUGUGAUGAGUUUCGGUGAUAAACAUAUAGCCAUAAUAGAUAAUAAUAAAGCACAAUAUGUUAUGUAUUUUACAAGUAAUUUAUACUGAUAUGUUUUAGGCUAUUUCAUCGAAAUACAGUUGAAUUAAAUAUUUCCUCAUAGAAUGAAAUUUAAACGAAAGCUUUGAAAACAGUCUGUUUGAAAACGUAUGCUUAAGACCAGUAUUGUUCAAAUAGUGAAUGUUAAAAAAAUCUUAAAGUAUUGUUUCGAAAGACAUGUUCUAAGACUUGUUUACAUAAAUUUUUGGUCUUUUCUUGGUAGUAUAAUAAAUGGGUUUGUGAAUUUUUUUAUUGAUUAUAAUUAAGUUAUUAAUAUAUAUUUAAGUGCCAUAAUUGGAUUCCUGUUAGAAAUAAAUGUGUUCAAGUUA